GUAUGUGACAUGUGGUGUUUGUGUCCAGUAUUUAUUUUUUUUUGACCUUGAAAUAAUUUAAAUUGUAUAAAAUCAUGACUGAUUUCCUGUUUCCAGGUGAAAGAUUACUCAAUGAAGUAAUGACUGAACAUCCAGGUGAACUGGUUCGUACUGGAUCACCAAACAUCAUCUGUUCUGCACUACCAACACAUUGGCGUUCAAAUAAAACAUUACCAGUCGCUUUCAAAGUGGUUGCAUUAGGUGAAGUUAGUGAUGGUACAUUGGUCACCAUUAAAGCCGGUAAUGAUGAAAAUUGGUGUGGUGAAUUACGAAAUGCAUCAGCUAUAAUGAAGAAUCAAGUUGCUAAAUUCAAUGAUCUUCGUUUUGUUGGCCGAUCUGGCAGGGGAAAAAGCUUCUCAUUGACAAUUACGGUUAGUACGAAUCCACCGCAAGUUGGUACCUAUACGAAAGCCAUCAAAGUAACGGUGGAUGGACCACGUGAACCACGAAGUAAAUCAAGUUUAAUGAAUCAAUGUUGGCCAUUUCCUAGUACACAACCAAAUCAUUUUCGUGCAUUUGCCAAUUCUUUUGUACAUCAUCCUCGUCAUCCAAUAGAUCCUACUCGUUCUUGUCCAAUAACACCGUUACCUUGUUCUACUGAAUGGCGAUUAGCCGCUCGUGUUCAAGCUGAACAAUGGGUAUUACAAGCUGCUGCUGCUGCGGCUGCUGAUCUUUCACGACGUUUUCCACGACCACCAUCAUCAACAUCGUCUUCGACGAUCAACUCUUCUACGACGACCACAAUCAGAACAACCAAUACGGCAACGAGCACUACAACGUCCAGUUCAGCAGCAACACCAAACGAUCCAACAGCAGCAGCGGCAGCAGCUAAUAACCAUCCUCUGUGGCCACCUUAUUAUCCACCAGCGGUAAAUAGCCGGCCAGCAAUCACCUAUGGUCCAAUGAACGAAGCUGAUUCUCAGAACAAAUCACCUUCAUCAAAUGGAUUGAAUGGCAACAAAUGUCAUGAAUUGAUGUCAUUGGAAUCAAGCAAGAAUGUAUCAUGGAACAAACAGCCCCACCAUGGCCACCAUCAACAACAAGCCCAGCCACAGCAGCAAUCGGAUCAAUCUUCUCGACAUCACAAAGAAGUAUCCAAGUCAAUGACAAGUCCAAAAAAUGUGGCCAAACUGAUUGAACGCAAUGGUACAAACAACAAUAACAACAACAACAACAGCAAAUUGGUCAAUGGAUCCAUGGAAAAUCUGCUGGCACAUGCAUCUAAUCCUCGUCCAUUUCCGUCGGCAACACAUCCACCAGAUCAAUUGGUGGCCACAUCUUUCAUGCAAAAUAAUCAUCAAUUGGCUGCAGCGGCGGCUGUAUUUCUUCAAUCGGCUACAUCGGCGGCAGUACCAUUUUAUCAUCCACCAACUUUACCAGCUGCUACUGUUGGCAGAUCAUCGAUCACAUCAGCGGCCAAUGGCCAUUUUAAUUGUGGAUCAAUCGAUCAGUUUCAACAAACACCACCAGCACCAAUACCGACAGCAAUUCCGAACUUACCAUCGAAUUUGAGCGCAUUUUUUCUGCCAAAAUCUCGUGAAGAUGAUAGUGAACUAGAAGAAAUCAAUGUUGAAGAUGAUGAUGAAUUAAGCCAUAGCCAAAGCAAACGAUCACGUGAUGAAGAGGAAGAAGAAGAGAUGGAAAAUGAAAUCGAUGCUCAAAAAGAUCUCAAAGAAAAGAACAAAGAAGAUAAAUCUGCCACCAAUUCACCAUCGAUUGAAGUAGAAAAAAAUAUCGAUGAACAAGACGAUGAAAAUGUCCAUUCUUUAUUUACCGCCGAUAAUAACAGUGGUACGGCAAGAGUCAUAUCCGAUAACGAUAGUUUAGACAGUUCAAGUAGCCAACAAAAUCAACAGCAGCAACAACAACAACAACAACAAUCAUCAAAGUUAUCAUUAUCGCAUGUAAACAAAAAAAUUCGUAUAGAAGUUACGCAACCAAAUUCAUCAUCAGAUAACGUGAAAUAUGAAUCAUUAAGUCCUGUUUCUGUUGCAUCACCCGGAUCAUCAUCAUCAUCAUCAUCAUCAUCAUCACCAUCAUCAUCUACAUCGAAUCAUUCAAAUAUAUCCUGGGCAAAUGCUAGCUCUAAAUCAUCCAAUGGAUUUUGGCGUCCAUAUUAACAAACAAACAACAACAAAAAAAAACCUAGAGAAAGAAUAAAAGGCCAAAGCUGGAAUCCAAAUUGCAAUCGCUAAAAAAACUUAAGGGUAUGAUGUGAUGAUGUGCCCGAAGCCAAACAAGAGUGAAUGAAUGA